CGCCCCCUUCCCUGCCGGUCUGACAGUGGGUGGUGCGCGCAUGCGCCGGGAUCAGCUGACUAAGCUCGAGACAGCGCUGCGGAGAGGAGUCCGUUGCCCGGAGCAGAUCAAGAUGGAUUUCAGCAAACUUCCCAAGAUACGAGAUGAGGACCAUGAGACAAUGGUUGGAUAUGUCCAUGGUGUCUCUGGUCCUGUUGUCACUGCUUCCAAUAUGGCUGGAGCAGCAAUGUACGAGCUGGUUCGUGUAGGUCACUCUGAGUUGGUUGGUGAGAUUAUCCGCUUGGAGGGCGAUAUGGCAACAAUACAAGUCUAUGAAGAAACCUCUGGUGUAUCUGUUGGAGAUCCAGUGCUUCGUACAGGGAAGCCACUUUCUGUGGAGCUGGGCCCUGGCAUCAUGGGAGCCAUCUUUGAUGGGAUCCAGCGACCUCUGAAGGAUAUCAAUGAUCUAACACAGAGUAUUUACAUCCCUCGUGGUGUCAACGUGAAUGCACUAAGUAGAGAUUUGAAGUGGGAAUUUACUCCUUCCAAGAAUAUGCGAGUUGGUAGUCACAUCACUGGUGGAGAUAUAUAUGGAUUCGUCUUUGAAAAUUCUCUUAUUAAGCACAAGAUCAUGCUUCCACCUAAAAGUAGGGGAACUGUUACGUAUGUUGCCCCACCAGGAUGCUACGAUGUUUCUGAUGUUGUUCUGGAACUUGAAUUUGAAGGCAUUAAGGAGAAGUUUACCAUGGUUCAAGUAUGGCCUGUACGUCAGGUAAGGCCAGUUACUGAGAAGCUCCCAGCAAGUCACCCUCUGCUGACAGGACAGCGUGUGCUGGAUGCACUUUUCCCUUGCGUACAAGGUGGAACCACAGCAAUCCCAGGUGCCUUUGGGUGUGGAAAGACUGUGAUUUCUCAGUCACUCUCAAAGUACUCUAAUAGUGAUGUGAUCAUCUAUGUUGGAUGUGGGGAACGUGGCAAUGAAAUGUCUGAAGUACUGAGAGAUUUCCCAGAGCUGACAAUGGAAGUUGAUGGAAAAGUGGAAAGCAUUAUGAAGAGAACAUCUUUGGUGGCUAAUACCUCGAACAUGCCAGUCGCUGCCAGGGAAGCCUCCAUCUACACAGGCAUUACCCUUUCUGAAUACUUCAGAGAUAUGGGUUACCAUGUUAGUAUGAUGGCAGAUUCCACAUCCCGAUGGGCUGAGGCACUAAGAGAAAUCUCUGGACGUUUAGCAGAAAUGCCUGCUGACAGUGGUUAUCCAGCUUACCUGGGUGCCCGUUUGGCCUCAUUUUAUGAGCGUGCAGGUCGGGUGAAGUGCCUGGGAAACCCUGAGCGUGAGGGUAGUGUCAGCAUUGUUGGAGCAGUUUCUCCCCCUGGUGGUGAUUUCUCUGAUCCUGUGACAUCAGCGACUCUUGGUAUCGUACAGGUGUUUUGGGGGUUGGAUAAGAAGUUGGCACAGCGCAAGCACUUUCCUUCAGUCAACUGGUUGAUCAGUUACAGUAAGUACACACGUGCUCUGGAUGAAUACUAUGAUAAGCACUUCCCUGAAUUUGUGCCAUUGAGGACCAAAGCUAAAGAGAUCCUGCAGGAAGAAGAGGACCUAGCAGAAAUUGUCCAGCUUGUUGGAAAAGCAUCCCUGGCAGAGAGUGACAAAAUAACUUUGGAGGUUGCAAAAUUGAUUAAGGAUGAUUUCCUACAACAGAAUGGAUAUACACCCUACGACAGAUUUUGCCCAUUCUACAAAACUGUCGGUAUGCUAUCAAAUAUGAUUGGCUUCUACGAUAUGGCUCGGCAUGCUGUCGAGUCAACUGCUCAAAGUGAUAACAAGAUUACAUGGUCGAUUAUCCGUGAGCACAUGGGCGAGAUAUUGUACAAGCUGAGUUCCAUGAAGUUCAAGGACCCAGUGAAGGAUGGAGAGGCAAAAAUCAAAGCAGACUACUUGCAACUCUUCGAAGACAUGCAAACAGCAUUCCGUUCUCUAGAAGACUAAAGCCAGUUAUUUCUGAGAAUACAACAAACAAAGCCCAGUUUGCCCAGUAUUUAUAGCUGUUUUGUUUUGUUUUUUUGGUUUUCUCACAUUCCUUUUCUACAUUUAACAUCUUAACUGUUUUGGUGUAUUUGAUGUACAGUCAUUGGCUCACCAUUCCAACAAAGUUUGAUAGGUCUAGUUUAUUUGGAAUGUCUUUCUAGAAGUGUGAAAUCUGCUUACUACUUGUGAAAACAAAUGUCAGUAUUGUGUCUCUGCCAUAACUGGUAUUGUACACCCUUCGUUUCCUGCAACUAACAGGUCAAGUUCAUGUUUAAACUAUUGCAGAAACAGGUGUGACCACCUUGCUUUAUUUUUUCAAUGUAAGUCAAUGGCCAAUACGCAUUAAGGUGUCCAUGUCUACAUUGCUGUAGUGUAUAUAUUAAAAAUAGCUACCUGCACUAUUGUAAUCAUUAAAGCUUUAGCCUUAUCUUUGGAUUUUCAUCAACUGAAUCCAAAACAUUCAGAAGUAAUCCUGUUUUGGCAUGAAGUAGUGUCAAGUUUAAAAUGAUUCUUGAUAUGUGAAGAAACUCUCAUGACUUUGCCAGAGCACAGCAGCAUGGGGAGGGGGUUUGCAACAAUACCCUCUCAAAUCUUAAUAGCAUCACCAGCACUGGUGCUGAUGGACACUGAUGAUAUACUUGCAAACUUUAGUUAGAAGUUUUUGUUAACUUUUUAGGUUUUUCAUUAGUGUAGGAAAGAGCUGAAGCAAUCCUUGCAACACCAAAUGUAAACCUUGUAACAAAGGCAGAAAUAUUUUGUCCUACCUUUGCUGAAGGCUCUGGUGGAUGGGUUAAACAAGCUUUUGCAUAACUGGGCAUAAAGCUCUUGAUUUGACUUUCUGUCCUAGAACUGCCCAUAUUUUGAUACCUCUGAUUUGGAUGGUGAAACUCAGAGUAACUGCUUUCUAACUUAAACUAAAAAUUUUCUGAAUGUCGAUCCUUUGGAGGGUUUGCAAUUAGAAGCCAGCAUUUUCAUCCUUAUGAAAUCAGCGAGCUAAACUCAUGGCUGUCAUUGCAGGGGAAAGCCCACUUGUGAUUUUCGUACAUGAGUUUGUGAAAAACUGCAUUUUUUUUUUUGGAUGGUGAAACUCUCUUUUCCCGGGAGUUUUUGUACAAAGGGGGGGAAUUCAGAAUGCUCUCUUUGGGUACUGUUCAAUAUUCAGAUUGCAGUGUAUGAACCUAAGUCGCUUUGAGAAGUAUAGUUGGUCGGAAAUGUGUUUAACAUUAAUUUUAUUUUUGCUUUCCUACUUAAAAUAGUUAUGUAGAAAGUUACAUACAGAUUAAUCUGGGCAAGCAACUGAAUCAGUGAAAUUGAAAAAGAAUUGUCUCAAUGAGGAAGAAUGUAUUGGAACUAAGUUUAUAAUUGAGGAAAAUGUUCAUGUGAAAUUUAAAAUCCAGAAAGAUGGGUUCAGGGAGGGAGUUUGAAAUAUUCAGAACCUUUAUAUGAUUCAGGGAACCUGGCAGUGUUACCAGUUCAACGUUGGGUGAGGUGAUGCUUCUGUUGGGCUUUUCUACAUUUUUGGUCUCCAUCAUUGACUUGCAGCUGCCAAGAGCAUGUCUCCAAUCAUUAGCCCAAAAUGUUGACCUUUUUUUCUUAAAUCAAUUCUGCUUUGAAGUGUGAUUGGAACAUAGCAUUGUGGGAUAUCAGUGACCUAGUUUGUCUAUUUGCUGGACUUUUGCUGGAUCACCUAUUAUAGGAUAUUUCAUUAACUAACUGGCUCAAGUUACCUUCCAGGAGUUUAGAUUGUCUAAUUUGCAUUAUCAGUUUGUCUAAUGUGAGUUCACUGAUUAGCUGUUGUCAGAAAAGCAUACAAAGUUUAAUAUUAAUUGCAUUACUAUUUAGUUAGGUGUCAUUUAAAGCAUUCAGCAUGGAUAAUUAAAGUUUUCUGUUCUCAUGGGGGUGCAACUGUUGACCCUGGCUAAUAAUGGAUUGUUUGGCUUUGUACCUUAUUUCAUAUUCCACUGACUUUUUUUUUGUAAAUUAUCAUUUAUGUUGCCCAUAGUGUGGUUAGGAUUGGUAAUAUGCUGGAGGAGAUUGGGUGAAAUGUGUAAAUGUGAAGCAGUAGUCUGUAGGAAAAGCAAGAAUAUAAGAAAGCUCUACCCCAGCACAUUUCCUGGAUUGAGGAAAGUGCACCUUAGUUUCGUUUGGAAAUAUUCAAUACUUAAUAGUGCACUAAUAUAGUACUAAUGUUUAGUGCAUUUUAGAAUGUAUUCAAUCUUUCUUUGAAAUCUCAUUUUCCUGCACUAAGCUUAGGUUUACUGUCAUAAUUAUUUGUCUUCUAUGAUUAAGGCCAUAGCAAUACACUAAGACUAGUCCCAGUUAAAUAAAUUAUCUAAUAAAACCUAAUUUAGGUGGUGGUAAAUCUAUUGGGGUUAUCAAUAUUUGAGAUUUCUAGCUUUUUGCAUUUGUUCUGAUUUAUGACCAUUUUGAGCUGGCAAAUAUAGAUCAAAGCAAGCUAGUUCCUAGUGAGCCAACUUUAAGAUACAAUUAUUGCACAGUUUAGUACCGUGAAAAUUAGAAAGUAGUUGGCAUUGUUUUUUAUUAAACUUCAUUGGAGAAGUCGGACAGUUCAGUUUGUCAGAUGCAGUAGUUUACUUAUCUAGCUUCAAACCACAGAAUGAUUCAUUCUGACGGAGGAAAAGCAAAGGCAUUUAGUUUGUUUUGUAAAUUUAUUUUGAAUUUUAUUCUUAGCACUUCCAAACAGCAUUUCAUCCCAAAAAUAAAGUUCGAAUACUCUCAAAUAACGCAUCAAAAUUAUUCAAAGAAAGCAGGGCAGUGGAAAUCUGCCUGGUCUCUACUUAGCAGUGCCUGGGAUGUUAGAGCUUUUACAAAAAAAAUGAGCAUCUGGAGCUGUAAUCUGCAGCAAAUGAAAGACAAUCUACACAUCUGGAACUUUCAAUGGUUUCUUCAAAUAACAUUUUCACAUGCAGUUUAUGUGUGUAAUUCUGCUUCCAGUUCUGUGGAAAUAGGCAUUCCCUCUGAUCAAAUUAAUGUUAAAAGCCUUGUAAUGCAGCAAUUUACAAUGAAAUGUGGGUGUAAUUAAUUAUCUUGCUGUAAAAGGUAUUAGAAUAUAUUGGGAAUUAAAGCAGUGAUGCAACUGUACAUUGUGAUUAAUGUAAAGGCAAUAAUUCAAGUUGUAUUUUUCCAGUUUUGGUAAAUUUCACCUUUCAGUAAAUGAUUUGUGUGCACAGAUGGUUAGUUUUCAUAUUUGUUGAGUCAUUGUGCAAAGUUAUAAGAAAAAUAAAAACUAAUAAAGUUA